UACGGUGUAAUGCUUAUAAUGCGUGAGUCGAGCUAAUUGUUGAAAUUGAUGUAACUUGCAGAAUAGUGAGGGUAUCCUAAACUGACAUGUCUUGGGCGAGUGGUACCGGGGCAUCUGGGUCUACCUUCAAACUCCGUCACAGCAUUCAUGUUGCACACAAGCAACUCCGAGGGUCAUAAGAACCCUUUUAGACGAACUAUUGUGAAGAGAUCAAGGCAUAACGAACCAGUUCAAAAGACAAACGGUAGCGGCGGAUCAUGGGGCCGGGGUGGCAAGGGCCGGGGCGGCCGAGGUCGCGGGGGCGGCGGCGGCGCGAGUCUGCCGGCCGCCCCCGCGCUCCAGGCGAGUCAAUACCCGGGGGGCCUGCCGGCCGUGGAGCCGGGCCUCCGGGAGGUCGUCAACAUACUCGGCCAACGGAACCAGGCCGGCCGGCUCAUAGGCGUCGACCCGCCCCCCGGGGCCGUCGUCGUCGAGGAGCCGACCCCCGACGAGGAGGAGAGCCCUGAGAUGAAGCGCCCGCCCAAGCCCCUCUACAGGCGGUUCAUCAACUACGUGCGCGAGGCCUGGACCGGCGUCAAGUUCGCCCUAGCUGACAUGAUGUGCGACAUAGACUCCGAGUACGAGGAGGAGCAGAUACCGAGGUACAGGCCGGACUCGCUGGCAAGCCUGUGUCGCGCGACCCGCUUCACCGAGGCUGAGAUGAAGCGCAUCUACCGAGGCUUCAAGGCCCAGUGCCCCACCGGCGUGGUGCGCGAGGACACCUUCAAAAUCAUCUACUCGCAGUUCUUUCCCCAAGGAGCAAACACCAGCCAGUACGCCCACUACGUCUUCAACACCCUGGACCACGACCACAGCGGCAUCCUGAGCUUCGAGGACUUUGUGGUGGGUCUGAGCAUACUGUCGCGGGGCUCGAUGGACGAGAAGCUGCGCUGGACCUUCUCGCUGUACGACAUCAACGGGGACGGGCUCAUAACGCGCGAAGAGAUGACCGACAUCGUGACGGCCGUUUACGAGCUCAUGGGCAAAUUCGCCGAUCCGAAUCUGCACCGCAACCACGAAGGCAUCAGGCAGAAGGUCGACAGGAUGUUCCAGAAAAUGGACGGGAACAAGGACGGCGUGGUGACCCUAGCCGAGUUCCUCGAGGCGUGCACCUCCGACCCGGACAUAACGAGCAACAUCACCGCCCUGGAGACGGUCUUCUGACACGCAGCGCUCCGCCGUCUCUGCUCGACCUGGACCUGAACUGACUGCCACAUGGGAAAAGGGGGGACCCCUCGCCCGGCCUCUGGAGAUCAUUUUUGUCCUCCGGCCCCGACACCGAAUUUACCCACCGGUGGUGCUCAUCGGGGUACUCUGGAACGUGGGUGUGUACGUACCACACGUGUGGCGCGGCGAUCGAAAGUCGCCGGCUCGUCCUGGAAACGGGCGCGGGGAGGGGAGGAGGGUGUUGCGGGAGAAAUUUUGUGUACAUACGUAUUUUUCGUCAACGCUUUUAGUUUCAAUUUGGAAAAUUUCCUUUCAACCCGAGAUGGAUCGGAAUGAUGUUAAAUAAGGACGCCAACGUUGAUAAGCUUUUCGCUCUUAACACAUAUACAGCUGCGAGCCGGUCGGUGGUACAAUUGUGCACAAAAUCGUUAUCGGAAGAGCGAUUCGACGAGGUUCGCUCCGGGAAAGGGGGAAAAAUUCAACAAUGGGAAUCGAGAGAUGGCGUGUUUGUACAGGGAGUCUUCGAUCACAGAGGGGUGUCUUUGCGAAGUUGAUGGAGUUUAACGGUGCCAAAUAGUCCAAGUGUUGACCUUAGCUCAGAGCUUUGAUUGUUAAUCUGCUUCGGUUGGGGAUGAAAAGAGGUUGUUGUUCAAAAAAAUUUUUAAAAAGUAAAAAAAUUAAAAAAAAAAACCCGUGUGAAAA